GAUCCGCCGGAGGAGGCGGGGGCAGGCCCGGCCGCCGGGCCGGGGGUCUCGGAGCCCCCCCGGGGGCGGCAGCGCCUGGAGUCGCUGCUGAACCGGAGCCUCCGCAUCCGAAUGUCGGACGGGAGAACCCUGGUGGGAGCGUUCCUGUGCACCGACCGCCAGAGCAACGUCAUCCUCGGCUCCGCGCAGGAAUUCCUCAAAGCCGCGGACGCUUUCCCGGGCAGCGAACCCCGAGUUUUGGGGCUGGCCAUGGUCCCCGGCCACCACAUCGUGUCCAUCGAGGUGGAGCCCCCCUACCCCUGAGGGACCCCUCCCCAAAAUGUACCCCCACCCCAAAAGUGCCAUUAAAGCCCC